ACAGAUUAGAUAUGUAAACUAAGUAAAUAUAGCCAGUUAUGUAAUAUCUCUAUGGUAAUAGUAACCAAUUGCUCCAAAAAUCUAUGUGAACUUUUUUUUGCUUUCAAUUGCUGAGUAUCGCUUUUCAUUAGUAACAAAUUAAAUAUCUAGUGCGACCAUUUUAACAGCUUAACAUAGUACAAAGUGAAGGUAAGAAUUGGGAUCAGGAAGUUAAUGACGGGUGGACCGAAUAAACGAAGCGAAGCCUUCAGGGCAGCUGCUUCUCAUUGGGCAAAUAUGCCCAAGAGGCCAAAGUUGAAUCUGACAUCUGCAGAAUCUCGAAGUAGUAAUGUAGCUGCUCCAGAUAUCAUUGAUAUAUCAUCUGAUGAAGAAUCUCAGGAGGAUAUCAUUAAGGUGCAAUUGAAAAAGUCGCCUAUUAAGUUAUUAUAUAAUCCUAGCUAUGAUCAAUCUGAGGAACUGAAAGUAAAUAAAGAUACCAUACUGAUCCAUAAUUUAGUAGGGGUAAAAGAUCUACUGGAAACAUUUCAAUUUAAUUUCAAUGUGGACUUAUUAUUCUUUUUAAAGUAUUUACAUCCAGAGUUUUCCAAAAAGAGAAGACGAAUAACUUUCAUUACUGGUUCAAAAUUGUUAGAACCUGGUCCAGUAUCUGAUCUUAUCAAUUCUAAAUUUAACUAUCAUGAGAUAAUAGCUAAUAUACCGAAUAGAUUUGGAAGUCAUCAUACAAAAAUGAUGAUAAAUUUCUUUGAAGAUGAUACAUGUGAAAUUGUCAUAAUGACUUGCAAUUUCACCAAACUUGAUUUUGGUGGUCUCACUCAAAUGAUCUGGAGAUCAGAAAGAUUACAGAAGGGACAAACCACAACUAUUCAAGGUAGUAGAUUCAGAAAAGAUUUACUUGACUAUCUAUUGAAAUAUAAUAAACCCGACAUAAAUUCUUUAGUUGAAAGAUUAAAAUUAUUUAAUUUCCUGUCAAUUGAAGUAGAAUUAAUCGCUUCAGCUCCUGGCGUAUAUGAUAUUCUUAAUAGUAAUAAGGAUGAUGAAAUAUAUGGUUAUGGAAAAUUUUAUCAAGUUUUGAAACGUAACCAUUUAUUAAUUGAUAAUAGAACUGCUUCCAAAAUGUAUAACUUCUUGGCUCAAGUGACUUCAAUAUCAUAUCCAUCAAUUGUGGAAAAGAGUCAAACUGGUUCUAUAUUCACUCAUAUUAUAGCUCCAAUGGUAUUUUCUGGUAAUCAAGAAUUCAAGAUCUUACAGCCUGGAGCAAAAUCUUCUAAACAACAUCAGAAAGAUCAUUAUUAUAUGCCACAUCUUAUAUUUCCUUCUGUAAAAGAAAUGUCAACUAAUAAUGUUGGGUUUGGUGCCGGCCAAGCAAUUCAUUUUAAUUAUACUCAAUCUUUUGUACAUAAAAAUCAAUAUGAACAAAAUAUAAAGCCUUACCUCCGAAAAUGGAAUUCUUCAGGUAAAGAUCAAGUCACUGGUCGGGAAUUUGUUAUGCCUCAUUGCAAGUUCUUUAUAUGUGAUAAUGGUGAUAAUUGGAAUAGUCUCAAGUGGUUAUUAGUAGGCAGUCAUAACUUGUCAAAGCAAGCUUGGGGAGGAAGCUCUCAAAAGAAAGAAACAAAGGGAGUAUCAAGUAAAUAUGAAGUAUCAAGUUAUGAAUUGAGUGUAAUGAUUAUUCCAAAACAAAAUGAAAAGCUAGUUCCUUGUUAUGGAAUUGACACAGUUGCAACAUCUGACGUACAACCCGUCAGACUACCUUUUAAACUUCCACCUGUUAGUUACGAGAAAGAUGAUACACCAUGGGCUAAUCGAAUGAGUCAUGGAAAUAUCAAAGACAAAUUCGGGGAAACCUACAACAUAGAUUAAGAUUAAUGAAAUUAAUGAUUUAUAGAAUUUAAUA